UUUUAUUUCUUCGAUUCAAAUUCCAAAAUUUAUUUUUCUUACUUUUUUGCCCUAUUUUCCCCCGGUCGAAUGCCGUUUACUUAUCGAUAAAACUUAGCUCUCAAUUCAUGGAUUCGCUGCGCGUGCCUGGCAGAGCCACGCCAAAGGCCGCCAAAGCGCGUGCCGACGGCCGCUAUCUUCCGUUCACAUCAACAAAGAAUACUGGCCGCACAAACACUUCGAUAGGCAGAAAAUUUGAUUUCUUGAGCUCGAAGAUACAAAUGCUCUCGCUGGCCACGCAAUGUCGACAGUACACGACGAUCCGGUUGCCGCGGUCACAGGGCUCCCUGCCAGUGGCCUCGUUGACAACACUCACCCUGUGGGCGCGUACAAUACACACGUUGCUGACAUUCUCCCCACAAGACAAUAUCACAAGUAUUGCCCCGCUGCUCCGCAUGCGACCAAUGUCAACCUCAGGCAUAGCGGGCGGGCGUCGGCAGUAUUCGACGACGACCUUUAAAUCGACUGGACUUUUGAACCUGAAUGUCAGGGAGACUGAGAUUGCGCAGCUGGCACGAAGUCCCAGCACGAUUGGCAGCGCCGUGAGCUUGUAUAGGGAGAUGAUACCCUUGUUGCCGCUCAACUCGUUGACACCCUGGAUGCUGCUCAGCCGCUGCUAUGAGAUGAGCGAAAGUGCUCCCGACGAACUUGAAUGGCUGACCCAAUCAAUCGGCAUCUUGCACGGCCACGAGGAGCAAAGCGUACACGAGCUUUUGCUUCUGGCAUACAUGAAUCUUGGCCAGGACCAGCAACUGCGAGAUGCUGUUGCCGGUUUGUGUAUUGUACCGGCACCUAUCAGCUCAAACACGCUAGUACUUGUGCUGGCAGAGCUCCAAGAAUCGCGGACCGACCGCCAAUUGGCAUGCCAGUUGUGGGAGCUGCUGCUGGAUAAGCCUGGGUUUUCCCCAUCACGAACAUGCGUUCAUCUGGCAAUGAAGAUUGCCAUGCAUACAUGCAGGGUCAAAUUAGCCGUUGCAACAUACCAGGCGGUUCUUUCGCGGCGCUGGAGAGGAGUGCAGCCGGGCUUCUGGGCAGAGAAGACGAUGGUCUAUGGGCUGGCUAUCAACGGGAUGGCUGACGAGGCCUUUGAAGUGGCCGCAGCCACCACCGAUCCAAAGAGCAUAUCAACAAGCCAGGUUUCUGCGAUACAAGCUGUGCACAAGUAUGAGGUUCUCCUCAACGGCCUGAGCAAGGCGCGGCGUGCUGAUGAGACGGUGGCUGUAUUUGAGUAUGUGCGCAAUGAGCUUAGCCUCUGCCCAAGCAUAUCGAUGUACAGUUCCUUGCUUGGCGUAGUUGCGGCCGAGAACGGAGACUGGAAUGCGAUUGAAGAGUAUUUGCAGUUAAUGGAGGGCGAUGGGUACAUUAUUCCGGACACGGUGUGGAAGCGAAUCAUGUUAGGGGUUGCUCGGCAAGGACACGUGCAUUUGUGCGACAAGGUUUUGGAUAUAAUGGUCUCGCGCGGGAUCCCCCAUACAUAUGUGAUAGUCAUGGCUGCCAUCGAGGCAUUUGCGCAGCAGGGCAACCUGGAAAUGGUUAUGCGCUGGUACCAUGUUAUCUACAAGGCCCUGGAGGCCCAGGCAAAGCUUCCCGCCAGCCAGCAACAGUCAGUGAGCGCAGACAACACUGCGGCCCGCAGCAGGACGGACUCCUGUGUGCAUGGCGAUAUUUUUGGACACACCGAGAAUCAGACCACCUUGCUGUCCAUCCAGCACCCAGAGGAUUUUGUCGAGUACUUUGUUGGCCGCAAUGAGCUCAUAUGGCAUCGGGGCAUUCUAGUUUCGUUGAUUGACAUUGUCGGCGAGCUCGGCGACACGCCGUUGCUGAUGAAGUUGUGGGAAGAUAUUUUCGGCUUUGAAAAGCAAGUGCGCACCCUCAGAAUAUCCCCGUAUAUGUACAUGUCGCUGGCCCGCUCGCUCGCCCGCCACGGUCUAUUAAAUCGGUACGAGAUCGUGUUGCGUUCAUGGAUUCAAGACGACCGCAAUGGGUUCUCGUAUAGCCAGCAGCAGGAGGCUCUAGGGUACGUGCACUUGUGCCUCAGCAACUACCGUCCGGUUCUGCGCCAAUCGAAAAGGAUGGAGGCAGCGAGCUUAAGAAAUAGGGCCGAGUUCCAGCCAGAAACAGAUAUUUCAGAUGAAUUACAUGGCAGUGCAGACUACAGCUUCUUGGACUCGAGCAACAGCAUUGCGGACUACGAUGACUUGUCUUCAUCGGUGGCCUCAUCGGUGCAGCAGACGACCGAGAGCGGCAUGCCUCUGCAUUGAUAUACAGUGCCCUGGUCACUCUGAAAAUUGUAACUAGUAAAUAUAUAACUACACAUGCUCCAUGCACC